AUGGAAAAACGCGCACUCACAUAUACACACAAAAAAACUAAACAAAACAUCAUCAUUUUUCGAUUCAGUGUCGAAAGCAAUCCAGGAUUGCUUUUAUUUUGCUUUUCUUCGCUGUGUGAUUGGUCCAGAAAACUUGCGUCCCUCUCUCAACCAGUCAGACUAAGACUAAAAACAAUUACGACCUGGGCACUCGCGUUUUCCCGCGCUACGAGCUGUUUGCUUGUUUACAUUUUGAGUUCUCAUUGGUUUCAUGCAAUAAUUCCCUUUCCCAUGAUUGGCUGUUGUAUCACCUCAGUUUUGGCUUUAAAACAAUUAAUCGAAAUAUUUCUUCUAUAUUGA